UAUCCCGAGCGAGGACGAUGAGGCAAUCUGCGGGCCGGGGCCAAGCGGUGGCUGCCGAGUGACAGGCGCGAGGCGGGACAGGCGUGAUGGCAGAAACUGCGUCCCCGCUGAAGCACUUUGUGUUGGCGAAGAAGGCCAUCACCACCAUCUUUGACCAGUUACUGGAGUUCGUGAACGAAGGCUCACGUUUUGUUGAAGCAACAUUUAAGAAUCCAGAACUUGAUCGAAUAGCCACUGAGAAUGAUUUGCUUGAAAUACAAGGGUAUAAGCACAAGAUUUCCGUCAUUGGUGAGGUGCUGUCUCGAAGACACAUGAAAGUGGCAUUUUUUGGCAGGACAAGCAGUGGGAAAAGUUCUGUUAUCAAUGCAAUGUUGUGGGAUAAAGUUCUCCCUAGUGGGAUUGGCCAUACAACCAACUGUUUCCUGAGCGUGGAAGGCACCGAUGGAGAUAGAGCCUACUUAAUGACAGAAGGGUCAGAUGAAAAAAGGAGUGUGAAGACAGUUAACCAGCUGGCCCAUGCCCUUCACAUGGACAAGGAUUUGAAAGCUGGCUGUCUUGUACAUGUGUUUUGGCCAAAGGCAAAAUGUGCCCUCUUGAGAGAUGACCUGGUCUUAGUGGACAGCCCAGGAACAGAUGUCACCACAGAGCUGGAUAGCUGGAUUGACAAAUUUUGCUUAGAUGCCGAUGUCUUCGUUUUGGUUGCAAACUCUGAAUCAACACUAAUGAACACGGAAAAACACUUUUUUCACAAGGUGAAUGAGCGGCUUUCCAAGCCUAAUAUUUUCAUCCUCAAUAAUCGUUGGGAUGCCUCUGCAUCAGAGCCAGAAUACAUGGAAGACGUACGUAGGCAGCACAUGGAAAGAUGCCUGCAUUUCUUGGUGGAUGAGCUCAAAGUUGUGGGUCCAUUAGAAGCACAGAAUCGUAUCUUUUUUGUUUCAGCAAAAGAAGUUCUUAGUGCAAGAAAGCAUAAAGCACAGGGAAUGCCAGAAGGUGGUGGGGCACUUGCUGAAGGAUUUCAGGCAAGGCUACAGGAGUUUCAGAAUUUUGAACAAAUCUUUGAGGAGUGUAUCUCGCAGUCAGCAGUGAAAACAAAGUUUGAACAGCACACUAUCAGAGCUAAACAGAUACUAGAUACAGUGAAAAACAUAAUGGAUUCAAUAAACGUGGGAGCAGCAGAGAGAAGAGUCUAUUCCCUGGAAGAGAGGGAAGAUCAGAUUGAUAGACUGGACUUCAUACGGAACCAGAUGAACCUUUUGACAUUGGAUGUUAAGAAGAAAAUUAAGGCGGUUACUGAGGAGGUGGCAAAUAAAGUUUCCUGUGCAAUGACAGAUGAAAUUUGUCGGCUGUCUGUCUUGGUUGAUGAAUUUUGUUCCGAGUUUCAUCCUACUCCAAGUGUGUUGAAAGUAUAUAAAAGUGAGUUAAAUAAGCACAUAGAAGAUGGUAUGGGAAGAAAUUUGGCUGAUCGGUGCACCAGUGAAGUUAAUGCCUCAAUGCUUCAAUCCCAGCAGGAAAUUAUUGAAAAUUUAAAGCCUUUGCUUCCAGCUGGUAUACAGAAUAAUCUACAUACACUGGUCCCAUGCAAGAAAUUUGAUCUCAGCUAUGACCUGAAUUGCCACAAACUAUGUUCAGAUUUCCAAGAGGAUAUUGUAUUCCGUUUUUCUCUGGGCUGGUCUUCCCUUGUACAUCGAUUCCUUGGCCACACAAACGCACAGAGGGUGCUCCUGGGAUUAUCAGAGCCUAUCUUUCAGCUCCCUAGGUCUUUGGCUUCUACUCCCACUGCUCCUGCCAAUCCGGCAGUGCCAGAUAACGCGUCGCAGGAAGAACUCAUGGUGACCUUAAUAACAGCAUUAGCUUCUCUCACGUCCAGAACUUCCAUGGGCAUCAUUGUCAUCGGAGGAGUGAUUUGGAAAGCUGUAGGCUGGAAACUCAUAUCUGUUUCCUUAAGUAUGUAUGGAGCCCUGUAUCUUUAUGAGAGGCUGGCUUGGACCACCCGCGCCAAGGAGAGGGCCUUCAAGCAGCAGUUUGUGAACUAUGCAACUGAAAAACUGCAGAUGAUUGUCAGCUUCACGAGUGCCAACUGCAGCCACCAAGUCCAGCAGGAAAUGGCUACCACUUUUGCUCGCCUGUGCCAACAAGUUGAUAUUACUCAAAGACAUCUGGAAGAAGAAAUUGCUAGAUUAUCCAAAGAAGUAGAUCAGCUGGAGAAAAUCCAAAACAAUUCAAAGCUUUUAAGAAAUAAAGCUGUUCAACUUGAAAAUGAACUUGAGAACUUUACGAAGAAGUUUCUACAUUCAAGCAAUGAAGAAGAAUCGUAAGAGAUUGCUUUGGUCUGACCAUCAUAGCAAAUGGAACUUGGAAGAGGGGGACAGUUAUUUUUAUGAAAUAACUUAAAACAUGAAUUACACUAAUUGUAUCUAAAUAGCAAAUGCCUACAUAGACUCUAGAAAUGAUCUAUCUUCGGGUAUUUGCGUGUCUGAAGAGUGUUUGGGCGUCUUUAGUUUUAAUUUGGGUAAGGAAAGGCUAAAUCAUUUUUGUUAAGAUAAUGAAUUAGUUAAAAUUAACAGACCAUCUGUGUGACCCCUGAGGGGUGGGGCCUUGAGCUCUUAACCAGGGCUUUCUUUGUUUUUGACUCUGAAAAACUCUGCUUCCUGGCACCCAGGAGUUGGAGUGUGAGCCUUUCACCUUUCUCAAAACUGGCUUUGAUGCUGUUUUAUAAACUGCAUUGCUCAGACUGUGAAGGGGUGUGAGAUGGUGUGGACUCUAUCAGUUUGCAAGUUACAAUCACUUCUGUUGUGGCAGGUAUGUAAACCACUAAGAAAUACCAUUUUUACUCCUUGUUUAUUCCCAUUAAAAAUGAUACAAAACAGUAUAAAAGUUUGUUAUUAUAACUGGUAACCUAUAAAAGUAUUUUAAUAUUAAGCAAUUUUUUUACCUGUUUCUAAAAAAGCACUUUUUUUGCUCCAGUUAUGCUUCCUGUAAGGAGAGUUUAUCAGAUUUAGAAGUAAAAUUGGAAACGGAAGAGACAGCCACAGCCUAAGGAGGGCUGGGUUUUGGAUCAUAGUAGUGAUGUUUAAAAGUCCUUCAGCAGGCAUCUGCUAAGUUAUUGCUGGAUUGUCCACCAUUGGAGGCUUUUACUUGUAUGAAUUUUUCAGGGCUACAUUAAAAAUGAUUGUACAUUUUACCUCAGUGAAGUUUGUGAGUUCAAGUAUCCUAUUGCUUAUAAUUGAUAAAACAUGAACCUGAAGAAACACUGAAAAAAAUGACAUUCUAGCUCCUUGUUGUACAAAUAGACUCAGCAGAUCAGCACCAUCCAGGCACUUAAUGGAAAUACAUAGUAUAUUUGGCCAAGUACAGUUUAUGCUGGAGGACAAAAUUUCAAGUUGUUUUUUUUUAAAUACUUAUUUUCUGUACCUUCUAAGGCUCCUGGAUGCUAGUCAGUCUUUUUAAGAACAGUACAACUUUUAUAGAUAUUUUAAGAGAAAAUAAAUAGUUAGGCCGUAUAAAUGUCUGUCAAACAUACCUGUUCUCUAUAAAUCAGACACUAGGAGGCAAUAUAAUCCCACUACAAAUGAAUAAUAAUUUUUAGCUUUUUCUUAUCAACAAAUUGAAUUAGGUGAGAUUGUAGGAAAAAGUGUCUCAAACUGGGUACUGCUGAUUUAAGUUAGAAAUUCAAGCCCUUAACCUUUUUAUUAACCCCUUUAACUUUUAAAGUCACAUAAUGGUGUUGUGCUACGUUAAAUGUGGUGGUUUGGACUCAAAAGUUUGGCCCUUGGAUUAUCCUACCAGUAUCACUUCUAAGAAAAACGUAGGCUCUGAGUGGUUUCAGCCCAGGCCUUCAGAAAUCAGAGGUGCUACACAAUGUGCUGCUCUGUGCUUGCCAGCCGAUCUGACACAUCCUGAAAUGUGUGCUCACUGCUGUGCUGGCGCUGUGGGCAGUGUGCUCCUCACUAGUGUCAGUGUCGCACUGCCUGACGAAGUCUGCAAACGGAACACUCAGACAUUGCUGCCCAGCUCCUGUGGCUGGACACAUACUCACCACCUGGCCACCAGAGAUUAUGUAAUUAUAGCUGAUAUAGAAACAUGCUUUAUUGUUUACUAUGUCUGCAGGAUUAUUUAUACACUUUGUAUAAUCUUAACAUUUUACAAAACAUUUUCUAAGUAUGCAAUAUUACAAGGUGAAAAUAAAACCCGUUUGCCUAAUAGUUGAUAAAUUUUGUAUUUCUGGUAGUUUAGUGAGUUCUAAUCACUUAGAGUAGGCAAACAAAGUGAGUUGACUUGCUCAUAGGAUUGUGUUGCUGCCGGGUGCGCCUAGCAGUGAACUGAACGGUAAGUGAAAGUUGCACAUAUCGUAGGAUACUAGUUCUCUUCAUGGAAUGCAACAUCAUCUGAAAUGUCUUAUGAAUUUUCUCCCCCAAGAUUAUAAUAAAUGAACAUAAGAAAAUUUUAACAAUACUGUAAGCAGGACUGGCUGUAAGAGAACUAUAGAGGAAGAAACAUUUUACUUUUUAAUGAGAAUCUGUAGCUUUCUAAUGUUGAGAUGGGCUGGGCCAGGUCACAGCAAGGAUGCUGCUGCUCCAGAUGCUGGCAUCCCGUAGUAGAGUGCCUAG